AGAGAAGUUGCCCCAUGUUUGAUUUGGAAUUUUAUGACGUUGGUAAAUGGAGUAGCGAGAACAAGAAAAUAAAUAUAGGAAUGAAGAAGGAAAAUCUCAGCACUGUAGUCCCCUGCCGACAAGAAAUUGCCAAAUAUGGGUCAUAGCGGGUUUUUGGCACGUCAGUCGCGACGCUCCAACAAAUUGGACUCAUCGGACUUUUUUUUCAUUCACUAAGGAGUUUCUUUAUUGCUUCUUAUUGUUAUUAUGGUCAUCAACCCCACCAAUGCCCAGUCAUCCAGUCCGAGUCCUCAUCAAAAUCAACAGCAACCCAGUCUGUAUGAAUAUCUUUACGAGCUAAUAUCAAAACGAGUCGCUACCAUCACUUAUCUACGACGAGCUCACGGCGGGAACACUUAUUGGUUUAACACUAUUCUACUGACAAAGGACGAUCUGGACAAUCUAUAUCCAAAUGCCAAAAUGAUACGAAGAACUUGCAAUUUUUAUAUGCUCGGAGUUUCACUGGGAACCAUCCUGGAGAUAACCAACACUUGGGAUUAUUUGAAGGCACUCCACCAGCUACUCAAUGAAUUUGAAUGCUAUACAAAUGACCAUUCCAAACAAAAAAUGAAAAAUAUCUUUCGAAAAGCAAGGAACAAAGACGAAAAUGCAGGAUCCGAAAGUAACGAUUUUACACAUUUGUUGCUCCCUCAUGUUCCAUUUGAGCUUGAUUAUCUAGAAACAUUCUAUUCUUUUAGUGACAUUAUUGUGGAAGCCUACCAAAAGCUUCUGUCGGGCAUGGAUAGUUCGAGCUGUACACAGUCUUAUUUUGAGCUGGUUCUCAAAUGUGACGCCAAGGUCAAGAAAAUUAUGUCGGUAGUAACCAAAGAACUGGAUACCAUUGCACGAAAUGCGAUCAAAGAGGAACUGAAAUUGAUUGAUCCACUGUCGCACUCUAACAAAGUAUCACCGAUUGAUUUCGAAGGCGCGGAAGCCUAACAACCAUGAUACCCUCGAUCAUCAGUUCAUCUAUUCCUUUCUAACCUUAAUAAUACUCUUCUACUUGCCGAACGUUAUGAUCAAUUAUGCUCUUGUCAGGUUG